UUCUCUUCGCUACCCCAAGAGCGAAGAGGGCUUCGCCAAGGGCUCUUCUAUCGCCUCCUCCCUCCUCCUCCUUUUCCUGCCGCGCUGCCGAUCGCGUAUCCGGCGUCGUCGCACCACCGACCAGAGAGAGCUUGAGAAAGUGAGGGGGAUCCAUCGAGUUAUGCAGUCAGAUCGGACGGAAAUCAGUUUGAGGCCUGGUGGCGGAAACCGAGGCGGCAGAAUCCUUGGCCCCCGGUUCGACUCCGCAGCUUCUGCCGGCGGCGCUUCUGAUCUCCCCGCCCUCCGUCCCCAUGGCGGCGCCGGCACCGCCCUCCCUUUCAAGAUUGGAGACUCAAGGUUUGAGAGUCGUGAACAUAUCCGUUACACAAGGGACCAACUUCUUCAAGUUCGUGAGGCUGUUCAGACACCAGAAGACAUUGUGAAAAUUAAACAGGAGAUUGAGGCCGAAUUAUUUCCUGAAGAUCAAACUUGGGGUCGGAGUGACUCUAAUUUGGCAAGUCAGUCACAGAGUCGUUAUUUUGAACCAGACGGUCGUGAUUGGCGUGGCCGGUCAGGACAACCUACCUCAUUUGGAAAUGAGAGGUCUUGGGAUUCAAUCCAUGAUAAUAAAGAAUCAAAUAUCUCGAUCUCAGGUUAUCAAGAAAUAAAGCAGUCAAAUAAGCAGGGGUCCCAGUUUCCUUCAAGUACUCAAGUUUCUUCAACCCAGGUAGGACCUACUCCUGCUCUAAUCAAGGCUGAAGUGCCAUGGUCUGCUCGAAGAGGCAAUCUCACUGACAAGGAUAGAGUUCUGAAAACAGUAAAAGGUAUAUUGAACAAGUUGACGCCAGAAAAAUUUGAUAUUCUCAAAGGCCAACUAAUCGAUGCUGGGAUCACAACGCCUGAUAUUCUAAAGGAUGUCAUUACUCUCAUAUUCGACAAAGCUGUCUUUGAGCCAACAUUCUGUCCCAUGUAUGCUCAACUGUGUUCUGAUCUCAAUGAAAAACUUCCUGUAUUUCCCCCUGAACAAGAAGGCGAGAAGGAGAUUACUUUCAAGCGUGUGCUCUUGAAUAAUUGCCAGGAGGCAUUUGAAGGUGCUGACAACCUGGAGGCUGAAGUGCGAAAGCUGACUGCUCCAGACCAAGAAAUGGAACGUAGGGAUAAAGAGAGAAUGGUGAAACUCCGUACCCUUGGCAACAUUCGCCUCAUAGGUGAGCUUUUGAAGCAGAAAAUGGUGCCAGAGAAAAUAGUUCAUCAUAUCGCUCAGAAGUUGUUGGGGCAUGAUGGCAAAACUUGUCCUGCUGAGGAAAAUGUUGAGGCCAUCUGCCAAUUAUUCAACACCAUAGGAAAGCAGUUGGAUGAGAGCCCCAAGUCUCGUCGUUUUAAUGAUGUCUAUUUUAGCCGGCUGAAGGAACUAACUUCCAAUCCUCAACUUGCACCACGUCUAAGAUUUAUGGUUCGUAAUGUGCUUGACCUGCGUUCAAACAACUGGGUCCCUCGUCGUGAAGAAGUAAAAGCCAAAACCAUUAGUGAAAUCCAUAGCGAGGCAGAAAAGAAUCUUGGGCUGCGCCCUGGUGCAACUGCAAGCAUGAGAAAUAGCCGUGAUGGUGGUUCUUUAGGGGGACUUAGCCCUACUGGAUUUCCUAACAACAGGCCUGGAACUGGUGGUAUGAUGCCUGGAAUGCCCGGGGCAAGGAAAAUGCCUGGAAUGUCGGGAUUAGAUGGAGACUUCUGGGAAGUUCCACGGAGCAAAUCUAUGCCCAGGGGUGAAGCUAAUCGUGCUCAUAGUUCUUUGGUUGCCAAGUCACCAGCCAUUAAUCCAAAGCUUUUACCUCAAGGUAGUGGUAGCCUUAUUGCUGGCAGAACUAGUGCAUUGCUGCAAGGCAGUGGUCCGCCAUCUCGUUCGACUCUUGCUACAGGCAUGGGAGACUCCCCAUCUCAAAACCUCGUGCCCCUGAGGCCUGCUGCUCAAAUGCCACCACCAGCAAUUCCAGAGAAGUUAGUGGCAAAACCCAAAUUUAAUCCUAAUGAGCUACACAAGAAGACUGUCGCUCUUCUGGAGGAGUAUUUUCACAUCCGCAUUCUAGAUGAAGCACUUCAAUGUGUAGAAGAACUGAAGAGCCCUGAGUAUCAUCCUGAGGUGGUCAAGGAAGCCAUCAAUAUAGCUCUCGACAAGGGUGUCUCAUGCCUGGAACCUCUAGUGAAUCUUUUGGAGUAUUUGCUGGUCAAGAAGGUUUUCACUCCAAGGGAUUUGGGGACAGGUUGUUUGCUUUAUGGGGCCAUGCUGGAUGACAUCAGCAUCGAUUUGCCGAAAGCACCGACUUACUUCGGUGAAGUGGUUGGCAAACUGGUUCUCAUCGGCGGUGUUGAUUUCAAGGUGGUGGAGGAAAUCCUCAAGAAGGUAGAGGAAGCCAGUUUCCAGUCAGCAGUAUUUGAUGCUGUGAUGAGAGUCAUCAAAUCAGGUCCAAAUGGUGAGGCAGUGUUGGGAACACAAGCAGCAGAAAUCAAGGCCUGUGAGAAGCUGGUAAAUUGAGGAUGUCAUAAUGGCUUCUGCUAAGGUUAUUUUCUUUCACAUUCUGUACCUCUAAUAGAAUAAGUUGUUUGGUACCUUUCUUUUCCCUUUCCCACUUUUAAUUCUGUUCCAUGUUCUUUUGUAUGAGAUGAGGAACAUAUAAUACAAUUGUUCUAAGGGGAUUUGUGAGCAGCAAAAUUAAGCCUGACUUGUGCAUUGUUGCUGGAUUAUGUUAAAUCUUUACUAAAGGACAAAUGAUGUGUAAUUUUGUUUUAA